AAGAUGAAUAUGAAAGUAAUGGAUAGAUAUUUGUAAGAUUAUAAUCGAUGAUGUUUUCGGUGUUUAGGAGUGUGUUUUCAGGGCUGACGUGCAGGAGGCUGGAAGCGCAAGCUGUCCUGCAGCAGCAGCAUGCCUUGAAAGUGCUCUCAGCUGGGUUGAAGACGUAUGAUGUUCCCCCAGACUACAGCGAUGUGGUUUUACCAGAGAGGCCCAAACUCAAGUUCUUCAAUAAGGUCCCUAAUUUAAAAAAGGCCAAGAAGGAGAUGAAGAAGCUGCGGGACAUCCAGGGUCCAGCUAAAUCCGCCAACACGUUCAGAUGGGGACAGUAUGGCAUUCUGGCCCUGGGUGGAGGAUAUCUGCACUGGGGUCAUAUGGAGAUGAUGAGGCUCACUAUUAAUCGGCGUAUGGACUCGCGUACCACCUUUGCUCGUUGGCGGAUUAACGCUCCUUACAAGCCGAUUACUCGUAAAGGCCUGGGCCAGCGCAUGGGAGGAGGAAAAGGUGCGAUCGACCACUAUGUUACGCCGGUAAAGUGCGGCCGGUUGAUCGUAGAGGUCGGAGGUCAUCUUGAACUCGGGGAGGUGGAAUCUGUGCUUAAAGAAGUGGCGAAGAAGCUGCCCUUCCCAGCCAAGGUGGUGAGCAGAGAGAGUCUGACUGUCAUGCAGCAGGAACAAGCCGAGAGGGAGGCCAACAACCAGAACCCAUGGACCUUUGAGAGAAUAGCCAGGUCCAAUAUGCUGGGCAUCCGCAAAGUCCUCAGCCCGUUCGAUCUUCACAAUCAUGGCCGCUACACCGGAAAGUUCUUCAAUCCAGACAGAGUCUGAUCUCAUAUGAAGCGCGGCAGGCUGGAAAACAGCAUCAUCAUCAACACCUCGUCUAAAAAAGAAAAACAAGUGUGAACUUCAUUUGCCCACUGCAUCCUGUGUUAGAUCUCACACACACACGCGCUUAAGUGUAAAUGAGCCUUCAGACCUUGUAAGUGUACGCCAAGCUGAGUUUUACAAACGUUUCAGAAAGGCUGAUUUUCUUUGUGCUUGUCUGCGUAUGUUAAUCGUCCAUAAAGUGCAAAGCAUGUUCC